AUGAUGAUGAUGACCAAACAGGCUCUCUCCAUUAUACCCACACAAGAGCUGAUGGAAGCUGCCGCAAUGAAAUCCGGUUGCACUCCGGAUGUCGUCACUCCGCGUGCAUUUUUGCGCGAACUGGUUCGUUGGUUCAAAGAAGAAUUCUUCCAUUGGGCCGACUCUUUCGAAUGCUCCCAAUGCAAAACAAAAAUGCAAUUCAUCGGAAAAGCAGCUCCGACACCGGAGGAGAUUCCCGGCCGUCCUGGUUCUGUCGAGACAUAUCAGUGUCCGGCAAAUCCCACGCAUCCAGUCUACCGAUUUCCGAGGUACAAUGAUGUUAAAACACUUUUGUGCACUCGGUUGGGCCGUUGUGGUGAAUGGGCCAACUGUUUGGCGUUCUUACUCUCCGUCUGUAGUCGACCACUGACCGGGGGGUCUUCCACAUGCGAACCCACUCCAUGGUUUCCCGCCUGUCGAUUCGUCUCGGACUGGACAGAUCAUGUAUGGUGUGAAGUUUGGUUGGAAGACGAACAAAAUAAGGGCCAAUUCCGCUGGGUACACUGUGACCCGGGUGGUGAAAUCGAUCAGCCCCUUUUGUACGAGGAAGGUUGGGGCAAAAAGUUGACUUAUGUAUUCGCCUAUACUGUCCCUCCGUUCCGUAUCUAUGGAGGUCUCAGUGCGGAUGCGAUUCGACGUGUCGUAGAUGUGCAAGAUGUGACCUGGCGUUACACACGAAAAUUUUCAGAUGUCAUCGGUCGUCGGAAUCGGGAUUUUGAGUCUCGCCUGGCCGCACAUUUAUCUGCACAUCAUUUGUCCGUGUGCUCCGCGUGGAAUUCAAUGAAUCAGUCGUUCGUCAAUCUGUGCGGUCCGCAGCAUCCGUUCUCCCUACAGCAAGUGGCUCGCGAGUUAACGUCGUUUCUCACCCCACCAGCUGCACCGGUCNGGAGCCCACUUGGCGUGGACAUAUAUCAACGUCCGCGGUCCACGUUAAAUCCAACAACCGCGGAUACGAAUUCAGGUCGGUCGAGCAGUUCCAUGAAUCGCAGUGCUUUGGUCGACGAAGCUAAGCGAACGGGCCUAAAAGGCUGGCACACGCUGGCUACGCGAUGGCGAAAUAUCGCUCGCAAGGUGAGCUGUCAGCUGCACGGUAUGUUCCUCACAAUUACUUGUGAGUUGACUUUUUAUUACACACUUUCGUGUGAUAAACGACGAGGAAAGCCCCAUAGUCACUAG